AUGAUGUCUUCUGUUUUAACCCCUGAUAUAAGAAUCGGUCCUGCCGCUGAUGGAGAUUAUGAAGGGGUCAUGGCAAUCUCAGAGGGGAUCUACAUGGGGGUGGAUUACUUGCCAUACAGAUACCACGCAUGGCUGAAGGACCCUCAGAGGAGGAUGUUCGUUGCCAAAUCAGAGGGUAAAGUGGUGGGUUUCGACUCCUUCUUAUUGGUUGAUGAUGGUAUUACAGCUGUCGUGCAGGGUCUUCGUGUUGCCGAUUGGAUGAGAGGUUGUGGUGUGGCUGGGAUACUCCAGAGGUUUUGCUUUAAAACCUUACGUUCCGACCAUCCCACUGUCACCAGAGUUCGUUUGACUACUGUAGAAAACCCACCUGCCACCAUGUUGAAUACAUACCACAUUAUACACUCCAAGGCUGUUAUUUCUGUAUUCAUUUCUGCUGAACAGUUGGACGAGACAAUCAAGAUUUUGGAAUCUCGAGUAUCCUCUACAUGUGAUAAUUGCAUUCCUCCUGUCUUUCUGGAAUAUUCUGAUGUGCACAAUUUGUUUCCUGGACGUCUUAAAGAAGAGGAUCUUCUUCCUGGAGGCUUCCUGAUGCAAGCCUGGCUGCCAAUUACCACCAAUAAAGCCAAUCUUGAUCUAAUGCAGCGCUGGAAGGUCCAAUGGCUCUGCUCAUACCCAUGUGAUGCAUUAUGUGAUGUCACUGGCUCCUCCGAAUUGCAUGAUGUCAAAGGUAGCUUUGAUGUCAAUAUUGGGUUCCUCAGCCUUGGAUCCCCCAUGUUUCCAGUGCCCUUAGGGGAAGGGAAGCACCGCCUGAAUAUAGAUGUAUUUGGAACUGACCUGUCUUUUGCCAAAAUACAUAUACUAUAUCAAUUCAAGGAGGCUGUGAAGAAAUUGUCCACCGGGGAAAGCAUUAUCUGCUUUGUGUACCUAGAUGAGAGUCUACAUGGUGGGCUCAAUGACUUCUUUGAAGGAUUCACUCCAUUCAAAUUCUGCAGGGAGCAGCUGGUCCUCGAAAUGGACCUCACAUCUAUUAAGAUUGCAUGA